UUUGUUCAAGUCACGCUCAGUGUGGUCUCAUUUUCGUAACUCGUAAGUCGUCAUAAAAGAACAAACAAACGUGCUCUUAAGUUGACCCUCAAAGUCAAUUUGUCUGUUUCUACUUUCACAAAACCAGAUCGUCGAGAUGUCGGAAGACAAAGUCGUCGCCGUGAUCAUGGUCGGAGGACCGACCAAAGGAACUCGUUUUCGCCCAUUAUCGUUCAAUACGCCCAAGCCGCUGAUUCCUUUGGCUGGCCAGCCCAUGAUUCAUCAUCCUAUCUCUGCUUGCAAAAAGAUACCAAACCUGGCUCAGAUUUUUCUGAUUGGGUUUUACGAGGAAAGAGAGUUCGCUUUGUAUGUUUCUUCCAUUUCUAACGAGCUCAGAAUCCCAGUGCGAUACUUGAAAGAAGAUAAGCCUCAUGGUUCUGCUGGUGCUCUUUAUUACUUUCGCGAUAGAAUCAUGGAAGAGAAACCGUCGCAUGUUUUCCUCCUAAACUGUGAUGUUUGCUGUUCUUUCCCUCUCCAACACAUUCUCGAUGCACAUCGUCGAUAUGGUGGCAUUGGAACUAUGCUAGUAAUCAAGGUUUCUGCAGAAGCAGCAAGCCAAUUUGGAGAGUUGAUAGCUGAUCCUGAUACUAAAGAACUCUUGCAUUACACAGAGAAACCAGAGACUUUCGUCAGUGACUUGAUCAACUGUGGUGUCUAUGUGUUUACCUCAGAUAUCUUCAAAGCCAUUGAAGGAGUAUACAACCAAAUGAGAGAGACGUGUGAGUUUUCUUCACUAUUGGCCUAUCUCAAGAGACUUGCUUUGUUUUUUUUUGACUUUAUACUAAACUUGGCAGCUAGCAACUACAACCACUUCCAGUAUGCUACAAGGUCUGUUCCUGCUGAUUUUGUGAGGCUAGAUCAAGAUAUAUUGUCACCGCUUGCUGGAAAGAAGCAGCUAUACACAUAUGAGAAUAAGGAUUUCUGGGAACAGAUCAAGACUCCAGGGAAGUCUUUGAAAUGCUCGGACUUGUAUCUCUCUCAGCUCCGCGAAACUUCUCCUCAUCUUUUGGCUUCAGGAGAUGGUACUAAUAAGAAACCGAUGAUUGUUGGUGAUGUUUACAUUCACCCAUCCGUAAAACUACAUCCAACCGCUAAGAUUGGUCCAAACGUGUCAAUCUCAGCAAACGUUCGUGUUGGACCUGGUGUAAGGCUUAUUAACUGCAUAAUCUUGGACGAUGUUGAAAUCAAGGACAAUGCUGUUGUAAUAAACUCGAUCAUUGGUUGGAAAUCUUCGAUAGGAAGAUGGUCAAGAGUUCAAGCUAAUGGAGAUGACAAUGAGAGGCUUGGGAUUACCAUUCUUGGUGAGGCUGUGACAGUAGAAGAUGAAGUUGCAGUCAUAGGAAGCAUUGUUCUUCAGAAUAAGACUCUCAAUGCCAGUGUUCAAGACGACAUAAUCUUAUGAAUCAUCAGUAGGAUGAUAUACUGAUUUUUUUUAAUAAUGCAAACAUAAGAAGAGUUACAGAACUGAGAGCUACUUUGCAUUGAGAAGCUCACAUGAUUAUUACUUUGUACUAUGAUUUUAAUAUACAGAAAGAAUCUAUGAAGCAAGAACUUUGCAUUUCAUCAUGAAAUUUUCAUGUUCUUUUUUAAUCAUUUUUUCAGCUAA